GAAAUCCUUAAAAACAGCAAAAACAUAGACAGUUGGUUUUGUUGUUGCCUUUUAGUUUUCUUUUUCGCGACAUUGUUGUUAUUUGAGGAAAGAAGUAAAAAAAACGGUGUUCAUAUUUAUUUGAAAGAGAGUGAGUGAAAGAUUGAGAGUGAAAUUGUGUCCAUGAGACAAGGAGCCAAGUGCCCUGGAAUUUUUUACAGACAAUUAUUUAAAUUUCAAGAAAACAAAAUAAUUAAACAACAGGCACAAUUAUGUCAUUUAAUGUGACCACAACACCAACAGUAAGUGGUGGCGGUUCGCAUACAGCUGCCUCUGGUGGAGGACGCAGUAAUUAUAAAGAUAUUUACGAUUUAUUGGAAAGGCUUUGCAAAAGUUUUGUGGGAUCAAAAGACAAUCACAGGGACAUUUUGCGCCACAUUACCCAAUACAUAUCAAACUGCCCCUCGGCUUUGGGAUCUACGCUACCAUAUGAUGAGGCAUCAUUGGUAGCUAAAAUAACCCAACAUCUUAAUACCACCGAAUCUUCCGGAGCUGCAACAUCAUCUUCUGUUUUGGGCACUUCAAGUGCAGGUGUAUCUCGUCAUAAUUCUGCAUUAUUUUUGAAUUUGCAUGAACAAUUAAAAGCCAGUCAAUUAGAUUCACAGCAACGAAGUGCAUUAUUAACAUUUCUUUAUUAUAUGGCUGAUUCAAAAUAUUCAACUGCAGAGAAUGGUUAUGGUCAUACGGCCUCAAAUUUGAAAACAACCGGCUUACAAAGACAUCGUUAUAGUAAUCCGAAUGCAUUCUUACCACCAAACAGCAGCAUGACUUCCUUUAGAAGUCAUCUUUUGCACAAAUCUCAACCAUUGGCGGGCACGCCUCAGAUUUCUCUAAUGGCAACAGGAAAUGCUUCGAAUAUCUAUAAUUCUUCAGAUUUAAAUCAUAAAAUAUCAAUGUUUCGUCAAACAACACAAAGUGGUGGAGGCAGUAGAAGUGGUUCUGAAAAUGAUACAAUGCCGGCAACAAGCAUGUUACCUUCUGCCGCCAGUACUCAUCUUCCUUUGCGUAGUUCUGCUAACUCAGAUCUAACUAAAAUGCAAGAAACCCAAAAUAAUCUCAACGAUGACAUUGUACAAAAUGUCAUUUAUGCCUUUACGGGUAUUCAAGGAAAAUACUUAAAGAAAGAUGUAGUUUCGGGAAAAUUUAAAUUGGAUGUUAAAGCGAAAUCUUUAAAUGUGGUGCAGGCUGGUAUGUUAUUACGUCUAGCCGAAUUGGGUUAUUAUCAUGAUUUAGUACAGUCGUACACCGAUACCAAAAGUGGUUUAUGUGCUUUGGGCUUAAUGGGUCAGGGAUUUGUGUCUGCAUUAAAAACAGAGCUCACCAAAUACUAUGGCAUGGUGGCCAUGCUACAGGAACAACUCAAUAAACAACGCCAAGGCGAAACAUUUGCCCUUUUCAAUUGUCCUUCGCGCCCCGAACGUUUAACUUUAAUGAAAAUUCUUGUUUGGUCUGUAGAUCCUCUACAAAGACUACAACUUUUAGCUUCUAUUGCCGAAGCUUGUCAGGAAAAGAAAGGUGGUGCUUUAGCCUCAACGGUACAUGGUUUUAUGAACAAUGGCAAUCCCAUGGUUAAAAAUAUUGCCAAAGAAUUGCUGUUAGCCAUAUGCGGUCCUCUAUAUCAAAUGCUAACGAAGUGGCUUUUGGAAGGAGAAAUAUGUGAUCCUCAUGGUGAAUUUUUUAUAGAAUGUUUGGUUGAAGUGGGACCAGAUCGUUUGUGGCAUGAUAAAUAUCGUGUUCGUUCGUCCAUGCUGCCGAAUUUCGUAUCCACAGAUUUAGCGCAUAAAAUUUUGGUAACCGGUAAAAGUAUUAAUUUUCUAUGUGAGAUAUGUGAAGAUAAGCAGCCGGUUAAAGGUCGAGAUGAGUUAAGACAUUGUAUAGAAGAAAAUGCUGAACAUAUAUUUUCUUCGGUGGCUGAUACGAAACUGCAUUCAACAAUUGAUGCCAUAUAUCUUAAUACUUCGAAACGUGUUCUUGAUAUUGUUAUGGGUCCACAUAAACUACUGGAACACUUACAGGCCAUGCGCCGCUAUUUGCUAUUAGGUCAAGGCGAUUUUAUCGGCAUUUUAAUGGAAAACUUAAAAUGUGAACUUGAUAAACCCGCUAAAGAAUUGUAUUCCUAUGAUUUGUCUUCCAUUAUGGACGCUGCAAUUCGUUCGACUAACGCCCAAUACGAUGAUCCAGAGAUAUUAAAUCAUUUAGAUGUUAGAUUAAUGUCUCCUUGUGAUGGUGAUAUUGGUUGGGAUAUAUUAUCUUUACAAUAUACCGUACGUGGUCCAUUGGCCACUAUGCUGGAGCCUUCGAUGUGUAUAUAUCAGGUGUUGUUUAAACCCUUAUGGCGUAUGAAACAUAUGGAAUUUGUUUUGUCUUCGAAAAUAUGGAAAGAUCAAAAGUGUAAUGCAAAGCCUCUGCGUUCGAUGGCUACCGAAUUGAAUAAAGUCUUAUAUCGUUUGCAUCUCUUUACUUCCGAAAUGAUACAUUUUAUACAUCAAAUGCAAUAUUACAUUCUUUUCGAAGUUAUAGAAUGUUCUUGGGCUGAAUUGCAAGAAAGAGUACAACAGGCAAAAGCAUUGGAUGACAUACUUAAUGCUCACGAUGAGUUUUUAAGUGCCAUUAAGUGUGGAGCCUUCCUUGACUCUUCGUCCAACGAUCUUUGUCACAAUAUGGAAACGGUAUAUGAAGGCAUAAUACGCUUGGAGGUGUGGCAAGAUAAAUUCUAUGAAUUAUGUUUCCGGGAGUUAAACGCCCGUAAGCAAUUUGCCAAUGAUAUAAAAGAAUCAGAAAAGUCGGGUAAAUUCGGUAUAACAGCCGAAAAGAAAUUGGAAAGAGAUCAAGAACACAAGAUAUUCGAACAGACUUUAAGCAGUUAUCACAAGUCUUUGGAAAACAUUGGUGGUGAUUAUGAAAAGGCAGUCAGAUGCUUUCUAUUGGCUCUCAAUUCUAAUAAUGAUCAUAAUUUACAAUUGUUUGGCAUACGUUUGGAUUUCAAUGAAUACUACAAGAAGCGAGAUCAACGUUUGGGUGUCCCAUUAACAUUCGAACAUAUGCGCAUGAGUAAUGUAUAUUUUAACAAUAAUAAAAGUUUAUUAGGCAGCCGCAUAUCAAGCUUAAAUUGACCCAGACAUCUAAGCAACAACACCAAUAUGCCUUCGAUUAACCUCUCUCAAAUGGAAACGGAUACACAACUUAUAAACACAAAUAACCAUAAUUGCCACUAUUAUAGUAGUAGUUGCAGUGCCAAUUAUUUUAAAUCUAAGCCUAAGCCGCCUUAUAGAAUCACAAACUCAUCUUUAAACAAUACUUUAAAUACCUGCUUGAAAUGGAAACUUAAUCACUUUUACGUAGAUAAUUAUGAUAUUGAGAACAUUAAACGUCCGUUGGUUUUAAACGAUUAUAAUAAGGAUAUGAUUUUAAAAACAUGUUGUGAAAUAUUGUAAGAA